AACGGAUGACGGUUGUUUACCAUGGCGACGGGGACGCCUCUGCUUGUUGUUAAUGUUCACCGAACGCUUUUAACAUUGUUGUUUUUAAUGUAUAUCGGUCACAUUGACUGUCAACAGUUUAUCAUCCCCUUUACGGCCCCUUCAGACUGUGGCGCGGAGGAAUUCUUCGACAUUUCGAGUUUGUCGUGCGCGAAGUGUGGUUCAAAUCAGCGACAGAGCACAACAGGACUGAGCUGCAUUUGCCAAACUGGGUACAAAACAACAAAUCUCAGCUCAGAUAAAGUGUCUAUUGCUUGUGACAAGUGUCCCAUCGACAAGCCUGCAGUCACAAAGGACGGGUUUGGGUGUAUUCGCUGUCCGGGCAGCCUUAGCGAUGAGGGAAAAUGUCUGUGCUCAUCAGGAAGUAUCCUGGUGGAAAGAGAUAUUAAUGGAAACCUUUUGGACGAGGCCAAAUGUGAGGCGUGCAACGGGGACAGUCCUGCUCUGUCUGUACCAAAUAUCAGUGGCGACAGGUGUGAAAGAUGUCAGGCUACAUUCAUAAACACCUCCUGUGUGUGUACUUCUCCUAAUGUCCUGGCAGGAGGAUUGUGUUUCCCUUCAGGCAGCCUUUCGACUGCUGUGAACCCCAGUGUCAACUACGCUCAGCUGAAGUUCAGCGUCCAGUCUGCCUGGUUUGUGGAAAACCUCUACUCGUCUUCUGCAGCAUGCCUUAUCUUCUCAGACCUGACAGCAUGUCAGGCCCUCGGGAACAUGUGCGUAAUGAAUAUGCACUCCUUCAGUGGUCUGUCCAAUGAUGCUUGUGGUCUCUUCAACACUAUCUUCAGAUCAAAAGCCACUCUAAGCUCAGUUCAAGACAUUGCUUAUUGGAGAGUAAACCUUCCAUGGCUUUACUACGGGGACGAGCCGGGGCUGGCAAGUCGAAUACUUUUAACGGAUCCCAUUCCCAUUGUCUUCAGCUUCAGGGGAACAAAAAAGAAUACAGACCUUCAGCUGCUUGUGGCUGUCUAUAAUGUCAGAGGAGAGUUCCUUAGAUGGGAGCAAUUAGGAGGAAGUAACCUGCAGUUUUGUCCAGAUUCAGCAACCAGACAAGCAGCAGCUUUCAGCUUUGGAACUGCUUACCAACAAAGUUGUGAUCUUUCCUUAGCUGCUCUUUUGGUUACACAUUCUGAACCGUUGUUCUAUGAUGUCUUUAUGGACCUCGGAGGAGGACAAAACAAAAAACUUCUUCCUCUGCCGACGUUGGUUCAAAACCAGCAAUACAAUGGACAAUUCAUCAAUCAGGGUAUUAUGAAGAACUGGUACCUGUCUCGACGAAUGUUUCUGGUUGACACCCUGAGUGGAAGGGAAAAAAGUUUAGGUUCUGUACCUAAAGUCAUCCGUGUGGCCACCACAGUCAAAAUAAGAUUCCAGCUUGUUCCGCGAACCCGAGAGGGUCAAGUAUUUCCCCCUUUGAUAUCUGUGACUUACACAGAUGUUCCCAUCACAGAUGUCAAUACUCAAACUGUGUCUGUAACCUUUGCCGUGGAGUAUGAGAUGGAUCAAACUGAUGCUCGUACAAAGACAGACACUGCUCUCGGUGUGUUGAGUGGGUUGGCCGUGCUCUGCGCUCUCCUAAAGACAGUCAGCUAUAAAAGAAGGAUUGCCUCUCCCCUCAUUGAUGUGGAGACCAUUGGGAAAUUUCUUUUGUUUUUUGCUGGUGAUCUGGCCAAUGUUUUCUUUGUUGUCACCGUGGGAACUGGACUUUACUGGCUAAUCUUUUACAAGGCCCAACAGUUUGUAUCAGUGUUGCUGCCACUACCUACUCAGGAGGAGCAGUUCGUUACGUACAUCGGUUGUGCCUUUGCUCUCAAGGCUGUUCAGUUUCUGCACAAGCUUUACCUGCAGGUGUCAGUUGACAUUUUUCUAAUUGACUGGGAGAGACCUCGGAGUAAACCAAACAGAUCUGUUCAAGGUGUCGAGGAUACAAAACAUGAAUCUUCUCCAGUCAGCAUCUGGAGGACCUACUUCGUGGCCAAUGAGUGGAACGAGCUCCAAACCAUCCGCAAGAUCUGCCCAACUUUUCAGAUCAUGGCUGUUCUCUUCUUUCUGGAAGUGCUGGGUUUCUCUAACCUGGCUCUGAGAGACCCUUGGUCAACUUUAGAGCGCCCCCCACAGGCGUACAUCCCUCCUUACAGCCUGAUUCUGCGAUACGGUGUUGCAGCCACGCUGUGGCUCUGCAUUGGACUUCUGCAAGGGAUUUUCUUCACAGUCUUUUACGAGCACUUUGUAGAGGACAAGAUCCGUCAGUUUGUGGAUCUCUGCUCUGUCAGUAAUAUCUCUGUGAUGCUGUUGUCCCAUCGCUGUUUCGGGUAUUACAUCCAUGGACGUUCAGUGCACGGCCACGCUGAUUCAAACAUGGAGGAAAUGAACAACAAUCUGAAGAGAGAGCGAGAGUCUCUGUGUGGUCAACGGGGUCUGGUUCCCAACUCGGACAUUCAGACAUUUCAGGUGUCUAUCACCAACCGUCUGAGGAUGCAGUAUGACAGGAUACAGGAUUCACUCAGCAGGAGGAACAGACCUUCACGGCUGAUGGAUGCAUCCACAGCCAACUUAUCAGAGCUGCAGGUCAGAGCCUACAACACCAUGAACCACUUCCUGGGGUCUGUUAUUGACCAUAGCCAUUCUGACAUGGACUACACAGUGAGGGAUAAGCUGUUGUUUGAGAGGGUCUUGGGGAUGGAGUUCAUUGAAGCAAGUGAUAAAAGCUUGUUUUAUAACGAUGAGGCCCACUCCUUCAGUAAUGUGCUGUUUUAUGGAAAUGAGGCCACGCUGCUGAUCUUUGACACUUUAUUCUUCUGUGUUGUUGACCUGGGAUCUCAGAACUUUGUGCUUGCAGCUGUGCUCACAUACAUACAACAAACGCUAUUUUGUUUGCUUCGCAACAGUCUUGGAAGGAGGAACCUCGUCAAUAAAACACUGGUGGAUAAGAGAUUUCUGAUAUAA